AUAUGUGUGUUGAUUUCUGUGAUUAUGAUGACAUUUUACAGAUGACGUUUCCAAGAAGUGUAAUAUAAUGUGGAGUAUACCGAAAAUUUAAAGAACAUAUAAUAAAUAAUCUUUCUCAAUUUGUUUUCUCUGAUAUUUUUGACAUAAUUUGUAGUUACUACGUAUAGGAUUAAACUUGUUUAUCUUUAAAAUAAUUACUGAAAACAAUUAUGGUAAAAAUAGAAGAGGUGUCGAAAACCGUUUAUUUGAAAAUCUCGUGAUUUUUCUAUUUUUAAACAAAUUCAUGUGAUCGUGACUCACUAAUUUACUUACAGAAAAUGUUUGUUUUUAUCAGUAUUUUCUAAGGUAUGGAAGUUAUAAUUGCUAUGGGCCAUUUUUGUGAUAGUCAUGGACCUUGUGUAAUUCUAUGCACUAGUGCAUUUGAUGAAUUUCCAGAAAAGCAGCCGUCAAAAGGUCCUAUUUGCCCAACGUGUAAAUCUAUUGAUCUAGAUACAGUAUAUGUCUGUGAAGAUGCAAAAAAGCAAUAUAUUACUACCAGAACAUCAUUUGAUACUGACAUAGCUCAUUUACUGAAAGAUGCUAUCCUUAGAAGUCUGAGUAUUGAAGUGGUAAUGCAAAAUGGAAAAAAUUCAGGAACGAUGUAUUUUGGAGAUAAUAAUAGAGGACAUAUUAUAUCUCAUGUUUUUAGUCUUAAAGAUUCCUUUGCAAGGGGCUUUAAAAGAAAAUAUUGUAUUGUUGUAAUUGGAAAUCAUCAGAUUUCAUUACUAAGCCACUAUGACUUUCUGGAAAUGAAUUUAAAACGAAUUAGUGAAGACUUACAACAAAAAGCUGAAAAGUUGAAUACAGUAGAGAUGUCCUCCAAGAAAGAAGAAUUGAGAUCUCUUCCAGAAUUAAUAGGCGAAAGCAAUAUAUUUGCUCAACUUCACAUGUGGUUUGUUUUUCUAUUGACUGCAAAAAUAUUCAAAAAUAUACCCCAUAACAUUCCAAAUUGCCCUAUAAAUUGUCCUUCGAUUGAAAAAUUAAGAAUCCUAAAAUUAGAAAUGUCAGACAAUGUUUAUGAUACAGUAUCUUAUUGCAUGUUAACUGGAAUAAAGAUUGAAGAAAAGAAUUCAGAUAUUUUGAGGUAUUUCCAAGAAUUAUUACCAAUUGGAUUUAAAUUACCAAAUAGUGGAAAUCUAUGCAGUAUAUCUAAAACAUGUGAGAAUUGGAAUGUAAGUUUUCAAGGAACUUUGCCACAAACUCUCCCAAAACUUCAUACAUCCAUUAAACGAGCAUUAGAAGAUACCAAUAUAUCAAAUUCCGCUUUAUAUUACCACAUUAAAAGUUUCAUUAUGUAUUGGUUUAAUAUAUCAUGUGUUCUCAGUUGGACAACAAAUUCUUGUGAAAAUUUAACUCGGACUUUAGAAAUUCAUAAAUGUGAUAUGCCUUUAUUAUCAUACUGGAUUUCUCAAACAAGUAGUUGCAUUAAACUAUAUAAAAGUGACUAUUUCAUGCCUACAAAAGUAAAGUGAAUAUUAGAAUAAUAAUAAUACUUUUUAUCAAAAUUAAAACUUUUCAGCGAAAGAACUUUUUUUCAAUGGCUUAUCAAAAAUUUUUGCUACUAUGCAAAUCAUAUAAAUUUUCUAAAAUCAUAUGCUGUAGUUGAGUUAAUUGGAGAAAGCUUUUCAUAAGUAGAAGGAAGUGGUGGAAUCCUAGCUUUAUUUAGACUUAAGAGGAUUCCUACAAGACCAUAUAACUGAUGCCAAUCAGGAUUUUUGCAACUUGAAGUGCAAAAACAAAUAUUUGUUACAUCUACUAUUUUAUGUUUCUAUCAAAAAGAAAUAGCAGAAUUACAAUUGGCUAGAGAUUAUUUGGAUUGGAAGUACCACCAUUAAGAGAUGAGCUCAGAUUUUACCUAUGUUUCAGUGUGCAAGUGUGAACAAAAUAUUUGCACAACACAACUUCUAUAACCAAGGAAGUUCGGUUUUGGGUGGCAUUAAUUAUGGAGGACUAUAUUGUCAAACUGUAAAUUAUGCUAGAGGAGGAAAAACAUAUUAACAUAGGUCUUCCAUUGUUUUUAAAUUUUAUUUUGAACUAUUGUUGAAAUUUUGUGUUUCUUGCAAUAGUGGUUAAAGAAGGUUUGAAGCAUUCUAGGAUGAAACCCUACCGAUCGUGAACCAUUCACAAAACUUUGAUUUAUUAUAAACUAUAUUUUAUGUUUGUCAAAUUUUAAUAAAACCAUAAUUUCUUGCUCAAAUUCAUUUCAAUAUUAUUUGAGAUUAAAAAAUUGAAACUAUGUGUCAGUUUUGCUGAAGAGGGUAUUUGAAAAUGUAUAAGCACAAUUGCUAGUUGAAAUAUGAAUGUUUUUUUAUCGAUAAUGGGUCAAAACUCAAAUCAAUUCAAAAACCAAUGAACUUUAUUUAUUAUCAUAAAAUAUUCUACAAUUAUCAAUAUUUUUUAAAGAAAACUUUAUAAAGCUGCAAUAAAAAAUCAUUUCUCUCCCAACAUCUUGGUGUACAUAAAGUAAAACUUUAUAUAAUUUGAUUUGAUUGACAAAUUUCUGCAUAUAAUGUAAUACUGAUAAAAAAGAAAACAAAAAGAUUUUUCAUGUUUUCUUUUUAUCACUCAUAAGUCUCAUCUAAAAGGAUUGUUGCUAUUUCUUAAUAGCUAAGUAUUAAAUCUAUAUUACCCAAUUUGUAAGAUCAUUUGAUUUAAGAAAAUAUGUCUAAAGUAGUGAAAUCUAUUAAUUUGGUGGUUAAAAUAAAAAAAAAUGUGAACAAUCAUGAUUUUUUAAAAUAAGUCAUUGAUUUUAUAUUUUAAUAAAUAUCAAGUAGCACCCAACUCUGGUAGACAGUAAUUUAUCUAAAACAAUAUACGAGGUGUGGCCAAUAAGUAACAAGACUAGCGCUGCUACAGAAAAGGUACAUAUGCGCCUAAGGUUAGCUACUGUCAGCUGUUUAGUUUAAAGCCAAUUCCUUCAAAUGCGAUAUCUAGCAUGUCUACCAGACAAACCAGUAUAGCCGUAGCCUUCGUAAAGGAGCCGUUUUUUUUGCGUAAAAAUAGAGCAACAGAUUGUGAAAUCUCAUAUGAAACUGCAAAUGAAACUUUUAUUGAAACCAUAAGUGUAUGAUGAAGAUGAUUCACAUUCAAUUCACCAUUCCACAUCAAAAAUGAAGGAAAAAAAUUAAAAAAUCGCUAAUCUUUUCGAUCUAACAAUCGAUCUAAGUACAAAUCUGCAUUAAAAGGAACAAGAUUUGAGUCUUGUUAUUUAAUAGCAACACUUCGUACAUUAUUAUUAAAUGAAUUAAUAUUACAUCCAUUCCAAUUAAAGCUAGUUGUGCCUACAUGUAAACAUCCAGUGAUAAAACUAACAUUUUUAUACCGAAUAAUAUAGUUUGUAUUUAGUUUGGUGCUUGUACUACAUGUUUUAACCAUGUGGCUUUGUAAUGAGUGUAAAAUAAAAAAAAAUUAUGUAUGAUUCAUGGUGAUCGAAUGUAAUAGUUUUAUAUUAUAUAUAAAUAUAUUAUUACAAAAAUUAACGUGUAAUUUACAAAUUGUGUGGAUAGUUUCAGUAACAAAAAAAGAAA